AUGACACAAGGAGGACUACACAGGAGGGACAACACGGGAGGACCACGGGGAGGACUACACGGGAUGACAACAGGGAGGACUACACAGGAGGGACAACACGGGGAAGACAACACGGGGAGGACCACACGGGGAAGACAACACGGGAUGCAACAAAGGGGAGGACUACACAGGAGACAACACGGGAGGACAACACAGGGAAGACAACACGGGAGGACUACACAGGAGGACUACACGGGGAAGACAACACAGGGAGGACAACACGGGGAAGACAACACGGGAAGACAACACGGAGGGACUACACGGCGAGACUACACGGGGAAGACCACACGGGGAAGACAACACGGGGAUGACAACACGGGGAUGACAACAAGGAGGACUACACAGGAGGACAACACGGGAGACAACACGGGAGGACCACACGGGGAAGACAACAUGGAGGACUACACGGGGGAAGACCACACGGGAGACCACACAGGGAAGACCACACGGGGAAGACCACAAGGGGAGGACUACACGGGGGAAGACCACACGGGGAAGACAACACGGGGAGGACAACACGGGGAGGACACACAGGAAGACAACACGGGGAGAACACGGGGGACACACACAGGAAGACCACGGGAGGACAACACGGGGAGGACUACACGGGGAGGACUACAAGAGGAAGACAACACAGGAGGACAACACGGGAGGACUACACGGGAAGACCACACGGGGAGGACUACACGGGGGAAAGACCACACGGGGGAAGACAACACGGGGAGGACACGGGGAGGACCACACAGGAAGACAACACGGGAGGACAACACGGGAGACCACACAGGGAAGACCACACGGGGAGGACAACAUGGGAGGACUACACGAGGAAGACAACACAGGAGGACAAACACGGGGAGGACCAGGGAAGACUACACGGGGAGGACUACAUGGGAAGACCACGGGGAAGACAACACGGGGAUGACAACAAGGGAGGACUACAGGGAGGACAACACGGGGAGGACAACACGGAGGACAAAGGGGAGGACCACACGGGGAGGACUACACAGGAGACACGGGGAUGACAAACGGGAGGACCACAGCAGGAGGACAACACGGGGAGGACAACACGGGAGGACCACACGAGGACCACACGGGGAGACAAACACGGGGAGGACUACACGGGAGGACUACACGGGGGGACCACACGGGGAGACUACACGGGGAGGACCACACGGGAGGACUACACGGGGAAGACAACACGGGGAGGACAACACGGGGAGGACACACGGGGAGGACUACACGAGGAAGACAAACACAGGGAGGACAACACAGGAGGACAACACGGGGAGGACUACACGGGGAGGACUACACGGAGGACUACACAGGGGGGACUACACGGGGAGGACCACACGGGAAGACAACACGGGGAGGACAGGGAAGACCCACGGGAGGAAGGGCAACACGGGAGGACUACAGGAGGACUACAUGAGAAGACAAACACAGGGAGGACAACACGGGAGACCACACGGGAGGACUACAGGGGAAGACCACGGGGAAGACAACACGGGGAUGACAACAAGGAGAACCACAGGAGGACAACACGAGGACAACACGGGAGGCCCCAAAAAUGGGGAGGACCAGAAUGAUGACAACAAGGGAGGACCACAGGAGGACAACACGGGGAGGACAACACGGGGAGGACCACACGGGGAGGACCACAAGGGAAGACCACACGGGGAAGACAACACGUGGAGGACUACACGGGGAAGACCACACGGGGAGGACUACACGGGGAAGACCACACGGGGAAGACAACGGGGAUGA